AUGGCUCACUCCUCGGCCGCCAACGGCCCUGGCUACCAAACAUACGCAGUUCCUCUGGCUGGUGGAAAGAGGAAGCGAGCUACUGCGAACAGCCAGUCAGAAUUGGCUGAACCCAAUGCGACUCCCAUCGCAGCGCGUUCGAAGAGGAGUCGCCCCAACGAAAAGGAGUACAACGCCAAGUAUAUGGCUGAGAUGUGCUUCAGCGCGUACAAGGCGCGCUUACACAUCGCCGGCUAUUCGCAGUAUACUGCCGACGUUGCGAACGACUGGCGAGAGGAUCUUGUCGAGUUGUUCAGCCACGCCGCGUUGAAAGGAACCAUCAAGCAGAAUGCAGCGGCUCGUCAUGUCAUCCCUCGUCUGACAACUCUCAUCCCUCAAAAGAACGAAAAGAAGGGCGCGCUUGUGAAGGACUUUGCGAAGCACUACGAGACUGUGCGAAAUGACAUGAUAGUCAUCGACAGAGUCAUGGGAAAUGGCUUCAAGGUCAACGCACAAUCCAUCGUCGAAGUACGCGAGUGUCUCAACGGCCUACACUAUACUCUCGCCAAAGGAGAGCAAUGGCGCAACGUCAUGCCUUACAUAUCGCUGCCAAUAUACCGGCUCCGAGCCCUCCGCGACCUGAUAAAGUACUCACGGUCGCACCACCUCCUCGGCGAUUUGGUCACCAACAUUGAAGAAAUGGAAGGCUGGCUCAGCCCGCCACCUGCGAGCUUUAUCUUCCCAACCGGGUCGAUCGACGAGACGAUGGAGACGUUGCGGAAAGCAACCGAGGACAAGAUUGCGAGGACCAGCAUCGGCCCCGACGCACAGCAGAUGGCAGAAUACCGAGCGCAAAAGGCCGAAGCCCUACGUCUGCAGAAGGAGGAACGGGCCCGUCAGCAAGAGAAGCAACGUCUUGAAGAAGUCCAACGAGCCCAAGCGGAACGAGAGCAGCUAAAGCAACAGAUCAAGUCGCUUGAGAUGACCGCCGCGAAGGAACGCGCUCAAGAGAGUGUGAAGAAGGCCGCAAAAGCUGCAGCAACGGCUCAACGCGAGAAAUCGUACCAGGACCAGAUUUCGCAACAAACGACUGAGAUCAACAGACUCAAGACCGACCUAGCCAACUUGUCUGCGAGGCAGGGAGCCCAAAAGAAGCCCGAAGCCACUUCGACAUUGUCGCUUCCAGCUACUGCAGGAAAGAGCGGCACUUCAAUGAACUCUUCUUUCAGUAGUAAUCAGACUGCCAACAGUAGCUUCUACCAGCCACAGAGCUCUCUAGACACUUCCUUCGGAAGCUCUGUGAACGUUGGGUCAUAUGGUCAGCCAGGUUCAUUCGGCCAGGUAUCACAACAUCCUACGCCGAAAGACGACGACGUUCAAAUGACGGACUCUCGAGGAUUCGAUAGCUCGCAGCAACACCCGGGCUUUGGUCCGGUCGAUUUCUCCACGUCAAUUACACGCGGUGUGGGCCAGUCAAACCCCUUCAAUACACGUGUUACCAAUGGCGCUCCCUCACAUCCAUUUGGAAUGUCAGCCGGCGACGGUAACUUCACGGCGGCUUGCCCAGCAUACAAGAACGGGACCUGCACAUUAGGCAGGAGUUGCAAACUACCCCACACCGCAUGCAAAUUCUGGUUGAGCGGUAGUUGCAGAUUCGGUGGGAGAUGUAAACACAGCCACGAUCCUUUCUUCCUCACAGAAGCGGCAUCAAAAGGCCAGUCAAAGCAGUUUCCACGGGCUGACCAAAUGGUUAUCGAUCCUGUCUCUGCACCACGAUCCAGCAACUUUUCCCAAACGAAUCCCUUUUCCAGUCACCUGCCGGGUGGUUCAAAUCCUUUCGGUGGGCAGAUGAAGGGAGAUGGGCGAUCUACCUUGCAACCUAAGCAGCAAGACCAGACUUUUGGCUUUCACAACAGCAACAGCAAGAACCUGUUCGCCCAAGCUACAUCACCAGCGCCAGUAAUAGACAUCAUAAACCACAUCCAAGCCAUCCAACAAAACUGGUUCAUCCACCCCGCGACCUCAGAAGAACCCAUCCUUCCACCCUCACUCCUCGCCGGCGUCCCAAUCAACUGCCUCCCGGCCCCAAUUAUCCAAGCCAUCCACGAACUCUCGACACUAACAAUCGGCCAACGAGACCGAGCGCACAACCUCCUAAACACCUACUUCCAAGCGCGCAUUCGCGAAGGCUCAUACAGCGGAAAAUCCCAAAGGAUCUUCGCCAUCUUGGAACUCAGUGAUGUCAAAAAGGCAUGUGAGAGUUUACGAAGAAUGAGCCGAGGCCGCGAAAUGCAAGGGCCCGUUCCAAUCAAAGAAGAUGAAACGAGGAAGAGGAAAUACUCGAUUAGACAGGAGAUGAAUGCCGUUACUGCGGAUGAAGAAGACGAAGACGCACAAAGAUUAGCGAAACGACUGAAAGAAGAACUCUGUGUCAUCUCCGAAGACAACAACACUACCAACAACAACAACAACGAGCCUAGCACGCCAAUUUGCAUCAACUUCGACGAUAUACCCACGCCCCCGGAUUCCCAAGCAACGAUAACGGCAACACUUCCUUCGACGACCACCACACCCCAGACGCAGCGCCGCUCCCGACCCCCUCCGAUUGUCAUUGCUGAAAUCCCCACGCCUACUGCUACGUCGCCUGGCAUCGUUCCACCGUUCUCGUCUUUCACGCCCCUGUUCAAUAGCCUAGCUCGGGAAUUUGGAGGAGAUCCGGAUACGCCUUGUCCGUUACGGUAG